CUAGCGCCCGCUACUGGUGGCGCCUAACGGUGCCCCUGGGCUGGGCCUCAAUGCUGAGGAUCAAAGCUGGGGCCUUUGUAUCCCAGAUGGUGCCUGACUUGACAGUGGCUGGACUUAACGAUGGUGCAAAAGGGUUAUGGCUGAGCAUUGCUUCAACUUCUGGCUUCUGCUACUGGACUUCCUCUGGAGUACUGAAGAUCCCGACAGUUGUGUGUACUCGGGGGAUGCGGGGCCGGACCCUGAACCCUCGGACCAUUUACCCUGUGCUGCCCAAACUCCGUGCCCUCCUGCCCUUGUCCUGUCAGAAGUGGCUUUGCUGCAGAAGCCACAGCCAGGACGUCUCCGUGGACACCAGCUUGUUUCCGGAAAAGCUGAGGAAUGGGGUGCUACAAGACAGUGGAGACAAGUGGGCGAUGGCUGAAGAUGGGCCAAGCCAGGAGGGGCUCAGUCCCACCUUCAUCCUCCAGGAGACCUCACUGUGACGGGGACUAGGCUGAGGCCUCUGUCCUCACUGCCAGGUGCUCCCAGAACCCAGUCUUCUGUCUCUUGGAGGCCAGAGCCCCUCACUGUGUCUGCCCUGAGCAGAGGGUAGAGCUGUCAUGGUACAGGGACAAGGGGCAGGUGAGAGCUUUCUUGAUUUCCCAAAUCUAUGCUGGAGCACAGGUGUUGAAAGUGUUAGAUUUCGCAACUUUACACUCUGUAAAAGCAGAACCAAGGGCUGGGGAUUUAGCUCAGUGGUGCCUUGACUGUUUUGCAAGCUCAAGGUCCAGAGUUUGAACCCUAAAAACCCAAAGAGGUUUUGCUUCUCUGGGUUGUAUCACUGAUUAUUACC